UGGCGAGGCUCGCGCUCGUGCGCAGCCUUUCCCGCGCGGGCACAGCGCACCCGCGCAAACUUUUGUUCACGUAAGUCUUGAAACUGUUUGACACGUUUAUAUAUUGGGAAUCGGAGCACGUGUGGUUUUCUUUUAUUCUGCUGUGUCUGUCAAACCACAACCACUCGGCUUACGUCAUCCAGUCGCCAUUGAGUGAAAGAGUGACGCAACCGUGGGUGAGUCUGGUAUAUAAGCCAUAGAGGUCGGAGAUGCCGCCAGUAACGUAACGCGACGGAAGUAAACACUGCGACAUGAUCUGGACGAUCUUCCUCUUCGUUCAAGCUCUCCUCCUUUAUUUCGUCCUCACAGGCAGAUCGAGAUCCGCCAAGGAGCCGCCUCUGGACAAAGGUUUUAUCCCCUGGUUGGGCCACGCACUGGAAUUUGGAAAGGAUGCUUCCAAGUUCCUGAAUCGAAUGAAGCUGAAACAUGGCGACAUAUUCACGGUCCGAGCUGCCGGGCGCUACGUGACGGUGCUGCUGGACCCACACUCGUACGACGCCGUCACCAGCGACUCCCACUCGCUGGACUUCACGCGCUACGCACAGGUGCUGAUGGACAGGAUCUUCAACCUGCAGCUCUCACACCAGCAGAUGGCGAAAGCGAAAGCCAUGAUGAGAAAGCACUUUAUGGUGGCGAAUGCGACGGUCCUCAACAGCGCCGUGAACAGACACCUCCGAGCCCUGCUCCAGGCAGAGAUUCCUCAGAACCAGAAGGACUGGAAAGACGAGGGACUGUUCGACUUCUCUUUCAGAAUACUCUUUAAGACGGGGUACCUGACGCUGUUCGGAGGAGAAAAGAACAACAACAGCGCCGAUCCUUCAAGCGUCUAUGAGGACUACAAGACGUUUGACGGGCUCUUAACCAAAAUGGCAAGAGGCACCUUGAAGUCAGGGGAAAAGAGCACCGCUCAGAGGGUCCGACGGAGGCUGUGGGAGCUGCUGGCUCCAGCAGGUCUGACCGAAGACUCGGGGUCGAGCCAGUGGCUUCACGCCUACAGAUGUAUAUUACAGGAAGGGGGGUCCGACGAAGAGACACAAAAGAAGGCUGUACUGAUGCAACUCUGGGCCACGCAGGGAAAUGUUGGUCCUGCUGCAUUUUGGCUUUUGUGCUACUUGUUGACAAAUCACGACGCGCUGAUAGCGGUGAAGAGGGAGUUCGGCCAGAUCUCGCAGAUGGAGCCGUCAGAGACUCCUCUCACGGAUGGAACUGUGCAAACCCCCGUGUUUGAUAGCGCCUUGGAAGAGACACUUCGGCUCACGGCCGCACCCUUCAUCACAAGAGAGGUAGUGCAGGAAAAGAUGCUUGUGAUGGCACAUGGCCAGGAAUACCUGCUCAGGAAAGGAGACAGGGUGUGUCUGUUCCCCUUCAACAGCCCUCAGAUGGACCCCGAGGUUCACCGUGAGCCACAGAAAUUCAAGUACGACCGUUUCCUGAACGCGGACGGAUCAGAGAAGAAAGAUUUUUAUAAAGGAGGGAAACGACUGAAAUACUACACCAUGCCAUGGGGCGCAGGGACCAAUGGUUGUGUGGGAAAGCAGUUUGCCAUCAAUACCAUCAGACAGUUUGUUUACACCGUGUUGACUAACUAUGACUUGGAGCUGUGUGACCCACAUGCUCAGGUGCCAGAGGUAAAUGCCGGUCGCUAUGGAUUUGGGAUGCUCCAACCGAAGGGCGACCUGCUGGUCCGAUACAAACCAAGGAAAACACACACUAGGGCGUGAAAAACAAGUCGAGCUCAUAUGAUUGAAACACAUUUCAACACUUGCACAUUGUUUACUUUGUAAAUAGUACUUUUUAUUUAAAUUAUACUGUGUUUUGUUAUUUAUCAAUAAAUGUGAAUAAUGCAUUGUGCAUAA